AUGACAUUUGCUUUAUACCGCGAGUUAGCCUCUGCGAAGGCAUCACAGACGCUACAAACAAACUUCCCACAGCUCUCGUACACUCAUCCUCCAAGCUCCAGACUUGUAUCCGAUCAGGUAACCCUUGCUGUUGCAGCUCAUACGAUUCGCUCCGAAAGUCUUCCCUCGGAACCGCGGCUGAUGCAAACCAAGGUAUCUGCGAACACGGGUGAGACUGAAUGGACGCCUUCGGUUAGUCCUUUGGGUAAUGAGACCGACAUAACUCCGCCGACAGCAUCUCCGGAAAGCCUGCCAAGUGCAACAGAGUUCAACGACACCCAAACCAAGCCUCCUGAGACAAGCUAUUCAGAUCUGAAUCCUCUCGGCGCGACGCUUUCUCCCGAUUCUCCAACUCAAAACCUAAUAACGGUCAAUACGUAUCCAAGCUCCACCAGUGAUCAGAAAUCCCUAGAUCCUCUACACGAUAAUCUUGUUGCUUUAACAAUCCCUUCUAAACAAGUCGACCUUGGUAUUGAGCGUCUUCCAUCGAUAAGUACAGGAAGCGAUAACUCACCGAGUGACGGCAGUAAUGGCCAUUUGGAGAUAACUGAAUUUUCUCAGCCUUUUCUCGUCCGGACGUCUGAUGAGGACGGCGUGCAACCUGGCCAUUCCUCACAUACGCAGAUGGAAGGUCAGACUGCCGCCCCACAAGGGGAAACAACGCAAGGCGCCUAUGCCCCGCAAUCACCUACGACACUUGUUAUCAUCAGCCCCUUUUCAUCUUCAACGGCAGCAGAUUCUGUUUCCUCGAGCCCCUCCAUUGGUGCUUCAUUGGAUGGGAGCGGGGUAUCGCGAAGGCCCUCAAGGCAAAGCCUUGCGGUUAUUUUCGGCAGUAUUCUAGGAUCCAAAGGCAUGCCAUCCAUAGCGCAUGUCACGGUGGCCAAGAAAGCAAACGUUCAGAAUUAA